AUGCCUGAGAUUCGAGAUACUCUAUCUGUCCUUCGUUUCUUCUUUCAAGAAACUUAUCACGCAAAUCGGGGAUCCGGUUAGGGUGCCGCCCAAAGAAAAAGAAAGAGGGAGAGGGAGACAGGGAGAGAGAAAGAGCCCCCCUAACUCCCUGUUUGUUAUGAGAAGAUUACAGAAUAUCACGACACGGGAGCCGAGUGCCAACAAUCACAGGGCUAUCUCCGGCCUAAAAACUCAGCCCUACAAGUCGCAGGGGCCGCUUUUGGGUCUAGGAACAGGGAGAUGUAGAAAGGAAGAAAAGAGGAAAAUGGUAAUAAGGGAAAAAAACAAAGAGGAAUGAAGUCAAGUAUUGGCAACACAACUUUGGAUCCCUGCCUAUAUCUUUGCUCAACCUACACACCGCGAUAGGCCAGCUGAACCUCGGUAGGUACGAAGAGUGCUUCUGUGAAUACCAGAAGACUUUUUUUCGAUGAAAAAGGGCCAAUUUGUACCUUUUUCAUAUUUACUUGCCCCAAGCUGGAAAAACCUCCCCCAAAAGACACGGAUUAAAAGAAAUAUACGUGAAAAAAAAAAAAAAUUCUGAGCGUACCUAAGCACCAAUGCGGGGGAUACCCCCUUCUUUUUGAGUACCGUACUUCUCGCCUGGGGCAAGUACUACAAUAGCGGUGUACUGUAUAGUACUCGUGCUCGAGUAUAUUACUACAGUAGUACUGUACGAGUACUCGUACAAGCAGUGGGAAUUACUCGUAUGGCUCUCUUGUCCCACCAUCCCCGGCCCUCCACACACCCACUUUUCCACAAAUCUACCGUACCGGUAUGUCUACAACAGAACUUUCGAUUUCGACCACACACACCAGCUACCGCAAACCUUCCUCCCUUUUCAACUAGCAUGCUCCGGAGUUCCCAUGUCUCUAACAACGAGGGUUUUAUGCAUAAUACGGCUGGUCGGUGCCUCGAAGGGAUGGGGCCAAUGCGGGGCAAAGAAAUGAAAAAAGGAAAAGAAAAAAAGACAAGCCCGCUCCCGCCCCUUGCCCAUCCAAGAGGUAGAGGGAUUAUAGUAAUUAGUUAAGGAGGCUUUCCCUAAGAUCAGCAAGAGGUACUUCUGUCCCUGCCCACGGUACUUUCCUAACCCGGGAGGGAAAAUCUUACUUUUAGAUGGGGACUUGCAUCUAUUUUUUGUUAAAUCCUUCAAUUGCCAGGGUUUGGGACUUGCAUCCAAAUAUUGGUAGAUACAUGCAUUAUAGGACCCCCCCCCCUUUCCUAGUGCCUUGCCUUUAGUCUUUAUUUAAUAUCUGGGGAUUCCCGCCCAAGAAUUAACCAAAUCCAGCGAGCCGGAUUCUACAAAUCGGUAAUAUAUAUACCUCGAGGGCGGCGAGGUUCGUACCUCCUUUGGCUUAGCUUUCCUGCAGGCGCUUUUGUGAAAGUGGGGGAAUUUGGUUCUGUGAGGAAUAAAAUAGAAGGUUUGUGUGCCUGUCUUGUUAUAUCGAUUGCCCUUUGACGGUCUGAUGCUUUGACUGACCUGAGUUGAAGCUUCACGAUGACGCGAGGUCCGUUACUCUUCGCAGUGGUGUUCCCGCUGCUGCCGUUAUCGACGCUCUUUGUGUGCUUGAGGUGAGAAUUGAAUAUCCCUCUCCUGCCAGGCGAAGCUUGUGCGGAGGCUGAUUUUUUUCGUCUUAAUUGGAGAUUCUAUUGCCGGUACUUUAUUGUGCAAAAUGUCGGGUUAGACGACUGGAUUAUGCUGGUAGCAUUGGUAUGAUUUGCUGAAUCCAUACUCUGAUUGGGGCCUUCAGUUAACAUAGGAAAUAGGUGAGUGCAUGGCAGAUAGGUUCGUCAGAGACCGGCCCGGACCACUUACAGACAAGCACUAAUUACGGGCAACUUGCGCAGGUGUGAUUAAUGUUUAUCAAGUGAAAUAUGGUUCAGGGUGAGCGCUGACUACGCGAAAUCUCCGACCCUUUAGGCCAUCAAAACUAACUAUGAAAUAGAACACACAUGAAGGAUCUGGUGAGCAUCCAAAACGACAGAGCGGGAUAUAUUGGAUGCUAAUCCCUUCUUAAAGCCAUUUACCCCGGAUUUCUUCGUCAAAACCUUGAAGGUAUGGUACGCCUACCAGAUAGUGUACUUAAUCGCCCUAUUCUUCGUCAAGAUCAGCAUCUUGGCAUUCUAUCGAAGACUUUCGCCAGCGCAAGGGUAUCAAACAGCAAUCAAGGUAGUGGCGGCAGCUGUGACUGUAUACACGAUAGCAAUGGUUUUCGUAAAUGUGAGUCCAGUUUGGGCCAAGAAAACCUAUCCUCACGAGAUAUCACUUGGAGGACAUCGGCUAAGGUUGGAUUCGACAUUUCUAUCUAGGCUUUUGAAUGCCCAAAGGAUCCAACUCUUGCCUGGGCACCAACAUUCCCAAAGGGGUGCAACAACCUUGUCCCUGUCUACUAUGCACAGGCCGGCUUCAAUAUCUUCUCUGACCUCGUCAUUUUGGUUCUGCCUCUUCCUUCACUGAUAAGGCUUCAAGUAAGCAAACGCAGAAGAGGUAUGUGGAUCGCAUCUACUAUGAUGUACUUGGCUGUCACCCUACCCGACAGGAUGCUGAUUUACCUCCAACAGUGGCUCUUGUAGUCGUUUUUUGCAUUGGCAGUAUUGCUGUGAUUGCAUCGAUAGUGCGCAUCAACGCCCUGUAUAUUUUCCAAAACUCGAAGGAUAUUCCUUGUAAGACCUACGCUCCCCUAGGGCUUAGCUGAAUUGUGGCCUUGCGGGGUAAAUAGCUAACGAGUAUCAUAGAUGAUGGAAUAUUCAUUCUUAUCUGGUCACAAGUCAGCCCCACCUUUAGAGCCCGAACCCUCCCAUACCCUUCGAGAUACUAUCCAGUUUAAGUCAACCCCAAUACUGAAAAGCCCGAAUUAUAGGUCGAAAUCAACGUCGCCAUCAUCUCCGCCUCAGCACCCGGUAUCCUCCCACUCGUGAGAUAUAUCACCGGCAGCAGCAAACCCGGGAAAUCUGACGAUUAUUCCUACCCCGCAUCCCCCAAGAACCAAACAUGCCACAUAGCCCUGCAGUCGCUCGGGGGAGCUAGGCGGGGGGAAGGAGCAACGUCUAAUAUUACGGGUGGACGGGUAAUCUUGAAUGAAAGCGAGGAGAACAUUGUCACAAAGAGCGGGAUUAUAAGGACUACGGAUGUGAGGGUAGAGAUAGGCACAGGGCGAUCAGAGGAGAGCUUGAGGGACUUGGAAUGGGGCAAUGGGCGUUGAUUGACUUGGGCUGUUCUCCAAUGCUCUCUGGAUCCGACGCAUGAGAUUUAUCUUUGGCAUACCGCUAGUGGGAGGAGGGAAUUUCCAUCCAAUGAGUUUUAGUUCCUCCUCUGGUUUUCUACACUUUACUUCUAUUUCCUAAACUCAUACCUUAGCUAGAGGUGGGUUUCGCCAGGUUCUCUUUUUUUUUGGGUUCGGUUUUUAUUUCCCUCGUUUUAGCGGUAACAAAGAGGCCAGCUGCGCACCGGUAGAUCAGAGAUCCAGGGCCAGGAGUUUUCGACGUAAACGUGUACAUGUAUAUUAGUAUAUGCAAGUAUUUAGUUAGAUAUACAUACUGACCUACUGCAAGGUGCUUGUACAGUCGGUAUU